GUGGCAUUGAAUGGCCAAGGCUGGAAUUAUUACCACAUCAAGUUGUCAACUUUUAAAACGAGCUAGAGCUCGGAUCAAUGGCUGGAUGGAUGGAUGGAUGGAACCCUCCAAUGAGGUAGCGUUUUGCCUUUUUAUACCUUACCCGGGGGUAAAAACGGGCAGGGAUUUCCGCAACGGAAUGCGCGAUUCCCGGGCGGGAAUGUGUCUAAGGUUUAGGGUUUAUCAGAUCUGUGCGCUUGUUUUUAGUCGCGUGUUUCAGCUGAUUCGGUGCCAAAUGCGAGGAAUCUAGCAGCGGCGGCAGCAGCAAACGAUUCUUCCGCCUCAGCAGAUGCCAGUUCCACGAUUCGCAGUAGCGGCGCCAGAUAAUCUUCAUGUUUCUCCGCAUUUCUCAAGGUAAUCUUCCCAUUCGCGAAUCGCGACGCCGAGAGCUGUGGUUGCGGGCAUUGAUUCUCGCUCUCUAGAUUCACAAGGGCCCGGGCUAGAUUGGUAAAUCGUCCUCCAGGUACCGGACAGUUGUGGGAAAAAGAAUUAAGAACAGGGAGAUAGGGCUUGCUUGCGCUGGAGGCAUCUGGUAGAAUAAAAGGCAGGGCAGGGGCUCACAGGAUUCUUUCCUCUUCUUUUUUCUCCUUUUUUUCUUUCUCUUGGGGGCUUGCUUUAUGAAUGUAGCCAGAGCUACUCCCGCUGUUAGUUCCUUGCUGCAGUACUACCGCGAGAUUCAAUGGGAUUGAGUAGCGGCCUUUGUGGACGAAUGGCAAGAAGAAGGCCACCAAGUUUUACUGCUGCUGCUGCUGCUACUACCAUCUUCUCCAGAGAGGCAAGAUCUGCGGCGACGUUACUACACUCUCCUGGGAUCUCUCUCGGCUAUGCUGGGAAGUCUGGCUCUACUGCUAGAAGCUGCUGGUAAUGACGAAGAUCAAGUAGAGCGGGAUGGUGGUGGCGAUGGAGCUUGGUGCGUAAAGCACCAUCAUGGCGACCCGAGAAUCAUGGACGAAGUGCAAAGAGGAACAAGGUGGAGGAGGAUAUUUCUCUCAUUGGUGGUGUCUGCCGGGGCGGGCAUCGUUUUGCUCUUCAUUGCCUUUGGCAUUAUAGUCUCUGCCACGGGACAGAGACGACACCAGCGCAGUAGCAGUGGACAAGGCAGCAGGCUUUCUCUUCUCGAGGAGAAGCAAAACUCGUUUGUAGCAACUUGUCCGGAUGGAUGGCUACGAGGACCGGCUGAUCGAUGCUUUAUGCUCGUCAACGCGAGCAGCACUUGGGAGGAAUCCGAGACGAGUUGCCGGAACAGGAGUGGUCACCUGGCCUCUAUAACUUCCGAUGCCGAGGUCGCGUUUGUCAAAGGCCACUGUACCGGUGUCUUUGAUCCGUGCUGGGUCGGGGCUGUGAUAUCCAACACCAGCCGGGGAGUUUUGUGGAGGUGGAGCGACUGUCACGUACGCUGGAAUUUUUCCUUCGCUUCCAGCAAUUGCUCCAGCUCGGGUUGCGUUAACUUGGGAGAAUAUUGCUUGUCUGUGUCAAGCAUGCGCGGGCUUGUACGUGAGAACUGUGGAGACAGGCAUAGAUUCGUCUGUGUUCUUGCUACGAAAGAGGGCGAAUGUAUACGAGCUACAAACCGCAAAGCGUACCUCAUCGUACUUAUAGCCGUAAGCUGUUUGAUACUUGUCACGGCAUUAGCGAUUGUCAUCUGGCUUCUAGUCUAUAGAAGGAAGAGGAGGAGGAGGAGAUCGAGAAGAGCGCCGUCGUCUUCCAUGGUGCCGCUCUCCUCGCUCAGACUAUUUACUCUGGACGAGCUUAGGAUCGCCACCAACAAUUUUGGGAUGGAGAACAGGCUCCGGGGUAGCACUUUCAAGGGGAUUCUCUCCGAUGGCGUUUUGGUGGCUGUCAAGAAGCUGGAACGAUCGAGCUUCCAAAGUCGGAAAGAGUUUCUAGCGGAGAUGAACCGGAUAGCGCGGCUGCGGCAUCCAAGUCUGGUGGCGGUCAUUGGAUGCUGCUACGAUCACGGCGAGCGAUACAUAGCCUACGAGUACAUCGCGAAUGGGCCGCUCGACCUCUGGCUGCACGACCCCGUCAGGAGAGGAACGCUGGACUGGAGAACGAGGAUGCAAAUUGCGGUCACCGCUGCUCAAGGCAUAGCAUACUUGCACGACCAAGUGAAGCCUCACGUCAUCCACAGGGACAUCAAGGCGAGCAGCAUUCUCCUCGACGACAAGUUCCACGGCCGCGUCAUGGGAGUGGGCCUGGCCAGCGUCGUGCCGUGGGAGGCCGCCUACGAGCGCACGGUGGUGGCAGGGACGCACGGCUACCUCGCCCCGGAGUUCGUCUACCGCAACGAGCUCACCACCAAGAGCGACGUCUACAGCUUCGGCGUGCUCAUGCUGGAGCUCAUCAGCGGCCGCAAGCCGGCCAUGCCAGUGGACGUGGUGGACUGGCAGACCAUCUUCGAGUGGGCGACGCCACUGGUUCAGUCGCAGCAGCUGCAGGAGAUCAUCGAUCCGUCGCUCACGUCGAUUCCCGCCCCCGCACACAUCCAGAUGCUCGUGGAUCUCAUCUACAGCUGCACGCAGCACGUCGCGUCUAUGAGGCCUCGGAUGUCUUACGUUGUUCAUCAGCUCGAUCAGCUCAAGGACGUGGAGAGCUUGCAGCCCAGGCAGCAGCAGCAGCAGCAAAUACAAGAGGUGGUUUAUCCCGCGAGAGAUGCUCGCUCCAAAGAGCCGGCUCUCAUCACAGUCCAGUCGGAGAUCAUGGAGUCUCUCUUCUAGGCUCUCAAGAUUCCAUUGGAAGAAAGAACUCGUUAUGGUAGAAAGGAGAAACUUUGUGCUUGAUUUUAUCCAUUAACGCCAGAAUUGUCAUUGUUUCCUCUCAAAUA